GACCCCUUAGGAGAGGGAACCCUUUAAGCGCAGAACAGAUAAUACACGUUUUUUGCUCCUUCUUCAUCACCCUCUCACCAUUACUACGUAAACCUGAUUUAUUAGGGGUUUAGAAGUGCAAAACACAAAGCCUAACCAAAGGAUUCGUUGUGAUUUUCUCUUCUCUGAGUGCUGAAAGAAUUUGAGCAAACUUCAGGUCUGAAAUUAUGGCGAGAUCAUUAUCUCAAAUGAUGUUGAAGCGUUUUGCAGCCUAUCCGCUUGCACGUUCAUCUGCUAUUACAUCAAGGUCUAUCUACCAGGGUGAAGUGCGGUAUUCAACUAGUGUGCCUAGUGAUCCUGACACUCAUGAAGAUUUUAGACCUACGAGUAAGCUUGAGAGUUCAGGUCUUUCUCUGGAGGAUAUUGUUGAGCAGGAUGUCAAGGAAAAUCCUGUGAUGAUAUACAUGAAAGGUGUUCCCGAAUUUCCUCAAUGUGGAUUCAGCUCAUUGGCUGUCAGAGUGCUGAAAGCAUACAAUGCUCCUAUAAGUGCCAGAAAUAUCUUAGAAGAUCCCGAGCUUAAGAAUGCUGUAAAAGCUUUCAGGUUAGUUUGAUGCUAACUGGUCUAUGGCUCUAGAAAUUUUUUAUUGACGAAUUUGUAAUUGCAUUUUUUUCAAGGG